AUGACCGGCGACAAGAUUAUUACGAUUUCCCCAAACAACAAUCAACCGAUACUCGAAAGACUUGAACCGACUAAAGUUGAACUAGAAGAACUAUUGAACAAAUCACUACAUGCAUUCAAAGAAUAUUCGAAAAAUUCAGAUCUCAGUCAAAGACAAGCAAUCAUCAAGAAAGCCUUAACUUUGUUGAGCUCAAAGCAAGAUGAAUUUGCUCGGGAAUUGACUGAACAGAUGGGCAGACCGAUUGCUUAUACCGCCAAAGAAGUCCAAACUGCCGUCAAAAGAAGUGAAUAUCUGCUCAAGAUCAGCGAUCGAGUCUUCGCUGACACCCCCGGUGAACCAGAGGAGGGCUUCACCCGAUACAUCCGCAAGGAACCCGUCGGACCGGUCUUGAUUAUUUUCGCCUGGAAUUAUCCGUACCUAAUCUUAGUCAACUCUUUGAUUCCAGCCCUCCUUGCAGGAAACUCGGUGAUCUUAAAACCUUCACCCCAAACACCGACGAUCGCAGAGCAUUUCAGAUCGAUAUUCGUCGAAGCGGGCUUACCAGCAGAUGUGAUCACGUAUUUCCAUUCGGGAGGUAUGAACUCGACGAUCCCGCAGAUUGCGAUCAGGUCACCGAUCGUCAAAUUGAUAUGCUUCACAGGCUCGGUUGAAGGAGGACUUGCGGUCCAGACCGCCGCCUCUGGCCGGGUGGUCCCAGUCGGCUUGGAGCUCGGCGGCAAGGACCCGGCUUAUAUUCGUCCGGAUGUCGAUCUGGAUUGGGCGGCCUCGGAAAUCGUCGAUGGCGCGCUCUUCAACUCCGGCCAGUCAUGUUGCAGCGUCGAACGAGUCUAUGUGCACGAAUCGAUCUGUGACCAGUUCGUUCUAGCAAUUCAGAACGUGUUGAAAUCCUAUCGACUUGGCGAUCCGUUUGAUCCCCAAACUCAUCUUGGCCCGGUCAUCAGCUCUCAAAGUCGAAGAUUCAUCCAGAACCAAAUUGAUGAGGCUAUUCAAGAAGGCGCCAAAGAUAUGACACCCGAAAACGAGAGUUUUAAGAAUCUACCAGCUCAUGGUAACUUUAUCAAACCAACUUUAUUAACCAAUGUGAAUCAUACCAUGAGGGUGAUGAAAGAAGAAACAUUUGGCCCGGUGAUUCCAGUGAUGUCGGUCAAAAACGACCAGGAAGCUAUCGACUUGAUGAAUGAUAGCGAAUUUGGGUUGACUGCAAGUCUAUGGACCAAAGACCUUAAACUGGCCGAAGAGCUUACCAAAGAAAUUGAAGCUGGGACGGUAUUCGUUAACCGAUGCGAUUUCCCUGCGGCCGAUCUCGCUUGGACCGGAUGGAAAAACUCGGGCAAAGGAGUCACUUUGAGUCAAUUUGGCUUCGACCAAUUCACCAAAUUAAAAAGUAUCCAUCUCAAAUCCUAUCCCAAAUAA